GCACAGACCCUAAGAAGACCCCUCCCUAGUCAGAAGACUCACUUCGAGCCGACCCCUCACUUCUGGGCCGGGGUACUCAUGCCUGACCAUUCAUGUACCUGGCAUUAUGUAGAUUCGCGAUUUUCUCGAUUACUCGCCCUAUCACAUCGUCGUUUGAGAUGGCUGCUUCAUGUUCAACAAGACUAUUCUGGCGACAACAACCAAGAUUUAUCAACCAUCGUCUCUUCCAUACGACGCGCAGACGAGAUGUAGUCAAGCCGUUCUUACUGGCUGAUAUCGGCGAGGGAACUCGAGAAUGCCAGAUCAUUCAGUGGUUUGUGCAGCCAGGUGCUCGCGUGGAGCAAUUUGACAAACUCUGCGAAGUACAGUCGGACAAGACAGCAUCAGACAUCACGUCGCCAUUUGAUGGUGUUAUCAAAAAGUUAUACUAUGAGGCAGAUGAUAUGGCUCUUGUCGGAAAGCCCCUGCUGGACAUUGACAUACAAAGCGACAUAUCACCUGAAGAUGAGGCACUGAUAGAAAGUUCUGGCAGCGAAAAGUCAGAAGUUCCACAGAAGGAAGCACCGCAACACCAAACUACACAACAAGAGCCUCAAAGCGCGGAGAGGGAGGAAGUCCAAGGCCCUCUCGGAAAGAUACGGCAUCACGACAAGGGACUAGCGACACCCGCUGUGCGACACCUCAUCAAGGAACUAAAUGUCAAAGUCGAGGACAUUGACGGAAGUGGCAAAGACGGCAGAGUGCUGAAAGAGGACGUCCAUCGCCAUGUCUCGCAAGGCUCUCAGAAGCCCGUCCAACAGGAGAUUGCGAAGGACCAAAAGAAGCCCUUGACGCCAGUCCAGACAGCCAUGUUCAAGACCAUGACCCGAUCACUCACGAUACCACAUUUCUUGUACUCAAGUACAGUUGACACUGGCAGCCUUAAUAGGUUCCGUGUCAAGAUCAACAGCACGCGAGAGGCAGGGAAUAAACUGACACCGUUGCCUUUCAUCCUGAAAGCAAUCUCGAUGGCAAUGGGCCGUCAUCCGCUGCUAAACGCCUGGUUGGACACGUCAGAUCCUAAGAAGCCCGAGCUGAGCUACAAGGCAUCGCAUGACUUCGGAAUUGCUGUAGACACCCCUUCAGGCUUGCUGGUUCCCGUCGUCAGGAAUGUCGAAUCACAAAGUGUGGCUUCUAUUGCGGAGCAGAUCAAGGUUGUGUCAAGCAAAGCACGUGAAGGCAAGCUGGGGCCGAAAGACCUCCAAGGACCGACAUUCUCAGUCUCGAAUAUCGGUUCGAUCGGUGGAGGAGUAGUGGCGCCAAUCAUCGUCGAGCCUCAGGUGGCCAUCGUGGGAGUUGGAAGGGCCAAGGUAGUGCCCGGCUUUGAUGAGCAAGGAAAUGUGGUCAAGAAAGAAGAGAUGGUGCUGAGCUGGAGCGCAGAUCAUCGGGUGGUGGAUGGAGCCGAAUGCGCCAGAUGUGCCGAGAGAGUCAACUGGUAUCUGCAGAACAUGGAAGCGUGGGUGUUGGAGAUGAAAUAGAGAGAAGAAAAAGUAUAGCCAAACCCCGUCAACAGCGUUGAUUUGACGUGUGGCGGUGCCAUGUGCUUUUUAUAGCGUUUACAGGGUUUCGGAAGAGGCUGCCGGUAGCUUUUGUGGCUUCGCGGGCAAGACGAAACGAGUUUUGGGAAGGGGGACGCGCAUGUGGAUAGUGUUGCGUACCUCGUUCUUGGUGCUCGUAUCUUUGCUAUCAAAAUAUUGUUGUUCUCC